AUGAUGGCCGAGUGCUGCUGCAGGAGGCGCUUGCGCUCGUUGCGCACUCGCCACUUCUCGCCGUCGGAGCGCGCCAGGGCGACCUUGGCGGCGAAGCCGGUCGAGGCGGAGAAGCGCGGCAAGGGCAAGAAGGGCAAGAAGAAGAAGAAGGGCGGCGGGAGCGGCGGCGCUGGGCCGUCGCAGGAGCACGAGGCGGCGUCAGAGGCAGCUGCAGCCAAGCUUCUCGAGACGCUCCACGAGGAGCGGAUUCGGUACGGCAUCACGGCGGAGACGCGCGCGUCAGCGGCCGCGGCGAGGGCCAAGGCGGAGGCGGCCUAG